AGCCGUAACCUAUUUUUAUGCUGAAAAUCUAAGAGGAUUAAUUUUAACUCUUCCCCACAACUUCCCCCUCCCACCAAAAAUAAACAAUAAAACACAACUCGCAUUUUAAUUUAUCCAAAUGUUACAAACAACAAUAACAACAACAUGACAAUGGCAUUUUCAACAGACACCCUCAAUGGUAUUAACGAGAAUUCAAUCGCAACAACAGCCGCAGCAGCAAAACAACAAAUGAACGAUGAUGAUUUAAAUCUGGACAAAAUUUUACGAGCAACAGCCUCGGCAACAGUGAAAUUUCUCUUAAAAGAAAUGCCCAAACAGGCAACAACAUCAGCAAUAACGAUAAUGAUAAUACGCAACAUAAUGAUGUUAUAGGCAGUGGUGAUGAUGAUAAUGAUGACAAUGUCUAUGAUGAAAAUGCUUAUGGCAGCAAAACUGAAUAUGAAACAACAGCCGCCAACAAUUUAUCAGCCACAAUAACAUCGAUACGUUCCAAUGUUAGCAAAGUAUUGUAUAUGUAUUUUCAAAAUAAAACUGCUGCAGCAGCUGAUAAUGAUGUCAAUGUUAGCAAAUCAAAUGAGGCAGUUGGCUAUGAUGAUCCUAGUGUAAAUUUGACACCAUUGUCCAUAAAUGAAAAACCUUUAGCUACAGCCUCUUCGGCACUGUCAAGAAUAGCAACAAAAAUGACCUCUGAAAUUUUACAAAAUUCCACCUACAACAAUAGUAAUUUAACCCACAUAACUGCAGAUGUAACAACAACUACAUCAACGACAGCAACAACACCUAUGGACAACAGUAAUAAUUUUAAACAACAAGAACAACAUAACAGCAACGUGAUAGUAACAACAAUGACCCACUUAAAUGAGUUUCUAAAUGCCACCACAACAACUGCAAUGCCCUCUAAUACCACAACAACAGCAAGUGCUCUAGAAACAACAAUAACACAAGCAGCAGCAACAACAACAAAUGGAACAAUAACACCAAGCAUAACAUAUCCUAGUAUAGCAAUUAAUAGUUACGAAAAUUGUUCAGCUCUAUUUGCCAACUAUACACAACCACAACAAGGUUUAUUUUGCAACUGGGUGUGGGAUAGAUAUCUAUGUUGGCCACCUACUCCGGCCGGUGUUUUGGCGCGUAUGAAUUGUCCUUCAGGUUUUCAUGGUGUCGAUGAAAAAAAAUUUGCUCAUCGUCAGUGUGAACUAAAUGGUCAUUGGGGUAGUAAACCGAAUGAUACUUAUAAUCCCAUUGGCUGGACUGAUUAUAAUCCCUGUUGGAAACAGGAAGUUAAAACUUUAAUGGAUAAAGUUUCAAAUUUGGAGCUUGUACUUGAAAUAGCAAGACGUACACGUACCUUGGAAAUCGUUGGCCUUAUCUUGUCUCUGGUGGCUUUAAUUAUAUCCUUAAUUAUAUUUUGUAAUUUUCGUUCAUUACGCAAUAAUCGCACUAAAAUCCAUAAGAAUUUAUUUAUGGCCAUGGUCCUGCAAGUUGUGAUACGUUUGACCUUGUAUUUAGAUCAGGCCUAUAGGCGUGAUAGUCAGGAGACGACCAGUAAUAACAGUAUGUCGGGUAUCGAGAAUACGCCUUAUUGGUGUGAGGCCUCUUAUGUCCUGCUUGAAUAUGCAAAAACUGCCAUGUUUAUGUGGAUGUUUAUUGAGGGCUGGUAUCUACAUAAUAUGGUUACGGUAACCGUUUUUCAAGGUCGUUUUCCCUAUAAACUCUUCUUUCUGGUGGGUUGGGGUAUGCCGGUGCUAAUGACAGCUAUAUGGGCUACUUGUACGGCAAUAUAUUAUGCAGCCAGUACCCAUGACUGCUGGUGGAAUUACAAUUUAACGCCAUACUAUUGGAUAUUGGAAGGACCACGUAUAAUUGUGAUAACGAUAAACUUUGGUUUCCUCCUGAAUAUAAUACGUGUAUUGGUCAUGAAAUUGCGUGAAAGUCAGGCUAGUGAUAUUGAACAGACAAGAAAAGCGGUAAGAGCAGCCAUUGUUCUGUUGCCUUUGUUGGGCACCAUCAAUGUUUUGUAUUUAAUACCGGCUUUAGAGACACCCUGGAAAUUUGCCUUGUGGUCGUAUGUGACACAUUUCCUAACUACGUUUCAGGGGUUUUUUAUAGCUUUACUAUAUUGUUUCCUAAAUGGGGAGGUAAGGGCCGUUUUACUUAAAAGUUUGGCUGUGUUCAUGUCUUUGCGUGGCCAUCCUGAGUGGGUUCCUAAAAGAGCUUCUAUGUAUUCUGCUGCCUAUAAUACGGCUCCAGAUACCGAAAAUCAUCCACCGGAUAGUAAAAGAAACGAAUCACCCAACUCCAAACGUCUUAAUGGCCGCAAGGCCAGCUGUUCAACUGUGAUCCAUCAGACGGCCAAUAAGAGUAAUCCUAAAAUACAAAUUAGUCCUCGCCUCUCGCACAGUAAUGCCAGCGGUCAGGCUGGUUUUAAUCAUCUUGAUCAUCGUUUAGGCAGCCUACAAAGUAACAAUAAUAAUGCCGUUGGUAGUCUGACAAAUCUGAAUACCAUUGGCCGGCCACAACAGCAUCAUCAUCAUCAUCGUUAUGGACGCCGUCACAACUGGAUGUUAUCAAUGUGUUUUCGCGGCCAAAAGGUACUAAGGGUACCGCCAGCGUCAUCUGAACCUCCUGAAACAAAUGUGUGAUGCCAAAUACUGAAAAGCCAACAAAUGUAUUUAUGACAACUAAAAUGGAAACUUUCACUUAAUUUUGCUUUAAAGAAGAAAUUUUUUUUUUAU